UUUCCGGUUCAGAAAGGAAGUAAACAAAGCAGUCAUUGGACAGCUUUGAGGAGGGAAGCAGAAGGAGAACUGCGAGAAUUUCCAGCUGUUGCCGCGUGUAUUUAAGAAGAAAAAAAUAUGUUUUACACAAGUAGCAGACAAAUACGUUUAUAUUCUUUAUUCUAUUUAGACGUAAAAUAGCAAAUAUUUUUGUUAUAAAAUUUCCGUGCAAACUUAUGCUAGCUCUAACGUUCAGAUGUUGACUGUUAGCCACAAAUGUCGAACUUUUUGUUUCAUUUUACCUUACAUUUGUGUUCAUGUUCUGCAAAAAUGUUAACUAUUUUACGUCUGUAAAAACAAUACUUCUUUGUGAAACUAUUUACAAUUGAGGGUUUGCUCAGUGAUGUCAAAGCGUGUAGCUGCUAAUAAUAGGACGCGCAGCAUCCGCCGAUGAUCAUCGCUCAAUAUCACGAUGGCGACGAAAAGACUCGAUCACUUCGAGGUGGUGUGUGAGUGGGCUUCCUGCGGCUUCAGGGGCCACACCAUGGAGGAGCUUAGCGAUCACAUGUCGGGGCAUCUGAAUGAAUACUUGGGAGACAACGAUGCUCUGGAGGAGCUGGAUGAGUAUGCUUGUCUGUGGAACGCCUGUGAGUUUCUGUCCAUGGGCAGCCCUGCAGAACUGGAAGUUCACGCUUAUUUCCACAACUACCACAGUAAACUCAAGUUUGUUGGAUCUCAGCUGCUCAAGUCUCGUCUGGACUUACCCAGUUGCAACCAGGGUGUUCACAGCAACAGUCUGCUACCAGAGGGAUCUGAUGGAUAUGUUUGUCAAUGGGAGCAAUGUGAUAGCACUUUCAACAACCCUGAGUGGUUUUACCGUCAUGUGAACAAUCACGUCGAAAACACAGAGCUGCAGACUCUCUCGCAACAGCAGCAGGCGCUUUUCUGCAACUGGGCAGGCUGCGACGCCUUCUUCAAGAUCAGGUACCGGCUUAGGGAGCACAUGCGCAGCCACACUCAGGAGAGGCUUGUGGCUUGUCCCACAUGUGGGAGCAUGUUCUCCAGCAACACCAAGCUGUUUGACCACCUCCAGAGACAGGCCGAGCCCAUAGAGUCGCUGGUGUGUGAGCAUUGCAGCAAAGCCUUUCCCAGUGAGAGACUCCUGAGGGAUCACAUCCGUCAGCACGUGAAUCAGGUCAAGUGUCCCUUCUGUGAUAUGAGCUGCACCACCUUAGCAGCUCUGAAGAUCCACAUCAGGUUCCGUCACUGUGAUGAGCGACCCUUCCCAUGCGACUUCUGUGACAAAAGAUUUAAGAACCAGCGGGAUCUCCAAAAGCAUACGGAGGUUCACAACGAGGGCACGGUGUUCCACUGUUCCGUGGAGGGAUGUGACUAUUCCUGCCACACAUUCCAGACCAUGAGCCACCACUUCAAGAGAGUUCAUGAGGUUGGAGGGAUGUCCAAGUAUAAAUGCCACAUUUGUGGAAAGGUCUUCUCGUGGUGCUACACUCUCACGCUCCACCUGCGGAAGAAGCACGAGCUGAAAUGGCCCUCUGGACAUUCCCGCUUCAGAUACAAGAAGGAUGUGGAUGGCUUCCUAAAGGUCAACAUGGUGCGCUUCGAGACCGUCGAGGUGACCAAAGAGAUCAUGAAGAACAUGGCCAAGAAACCCCAGCGCCCCCAGAGGAGCAGCAGCCGCAACAAAAGAGCCGCCGACGCCCCGGAGAGCGGCAGGAGCUCACCGACGGGGUCCUCCUCGCCGUCCUCCAGCUCCUCGUCCUCGUACUCCUCAGACCUCUCCGGGGGGGAGGACGUGUCGUCUCAACACAGCCCCAGAGGCAGCGACUCCCCCGUGUACUGCGUGAUGAGCACCAUCGACCACAUGGAGGAGGAGGCCGGCGGGCUGCCGCAGGAGGACAGCGAGGGCGGGGGGGCGUCCGGGGCGGUUCAGGCGCUCACGGAGGUCGCGAGGGGCCUGGGUAUGGACGUGGUUUGACUUUACUGGGUGGGUUUUUGUUUGGAGCUGUCAGUGAAACCCAGAUAGAGCAAACGCUUACGUGGAAGUCCCUCCAUUGGUGGGAUUCAAACCCUCACCCACUGACUUUAACAGAUUGACUGAAUUUAACGUUGUCAUAUCUGCUACUGUUUCAUCUGUGAAAAAUACAUCAAACGUUAGAGCGCUGCAGAACAAUUCUAUGGUCGUGUUUUAUGUGAUUGUUUCAAGAUAUUUCCUAGGAAAUGAUUUUUUAUUGAUAAUUUUUUAUUAAUGCUUUAAAAUUUUAACUUUAUUGUAUAAGAUCUUAAAUAAAUUUGAUACAAAAACAAA